GAAGGGGAGGGGCCUGUGGCUGCAGCCAGCGGCUCCAGGAGGCUCCUAAUAACAACAUUGCCAGAUUAGCUGCAACUUCUCUCUGCAAGCCUUAACCCUUAUUCGAUCUAAUAACGUCUCCGAGCUUUCCUUUAUAUAUAUAGAUAGAUAACAUAGGAAGAGCAGCUCGGUCUUUUUCUAAAGGAAAGAGCUGGAAGGAGCGGGAGGGGGGGUGGUAGAUUCGGCAAGCUUUUAAUAUGCAAUAACGACGGGGCUCCCUUCCUCGGCAUGCAGAUCACACCCCAUAAAAAAUUCAAAUAGAAAGAUCGUGGGGAUUAACCACUCCCCGCAAAAAAAAUCCUCCCCCCCCCCCGAGUGAAAGAAAUCCGUAGAUGCUGUGAUCACCAACAUACGCUUGUGUGGGUCUAGGUCUGUUCUGUUUGCAGGCUACACAAACGCGCGACGUUUGUGUUCCCUCGGCACCAACAACUUGGCAGGGCAGGCUGGGCUGAAACAGGAAGAACUUUGCCCCUGUGAUGUUGUUGUUGGGUUUCUUUUUCCCCCCUUCUUUUUAAAAAAAUACUAGUGACGGUAGCACAAUAUCAGCUGCAGGAGAUUUUUUGCUGCGGCUGCUGCUCUGAGUAUUGUGGAGAGGCUGGGAAGGGAGGUCUCGAGGCAGGCUACAGCUUGCUGCAAUAGACUUUAUUUACAUACACAAACCGGUCUGUGCAGAGCCUGUCUCCUGCAGCCUGUGCUGAGGUUUGCAUGCCUGUGGAAGAACCCUCCUAGCCGAGGAAGAAAGAGCGCCCAGGGGGUGCGGAGAAAGCCGAGCAAAGGGCGGUAAGCACGGAGCGAGAUGCGGGAUUAGGCAUGAGUUUCCACGCCCAGAGCAGCGCCUUGCUGAGGUCUUGGGGAGCUCAGCUGUGCUGGCUGCAGCGGCGUCCUUGGACGAGCCCCCUCCGGUCUUGCUUGGGUGGUGCUCGGCCCCGGCCCAUCGUGGACAUGUCCUACUCCCGCCACUUUCUGGAUUUCCACGGCUCGUCCAUCCCCACCACCAUGAAGAAGCUGGUGGUGACGAAGCUCAGCUCAAACUUCCGAGAGGCUGUGAGCCUACGACACGAUACGCCUGUGCCACUCCCGGGAGACGGCGAUCUGCUUGUCAGAAACAGAUUUGUCGGCAUUAAUGCAUCCGAUAUUAACUACUCAGCUGGCCGAUAUGACACGUCAGUUAAGCCCCCAUUUGACGUAGGUUUUGAAGGAAUUGGUGAAGUGGUAGCCUUGGGUCUAAGUGCCAGCGCUAGAUACACAGUGGGCCAACCAGUGGCCUACAUGAGGCCUGGUGCUUUUGCUGAAUAUACCAUUGUUCCUGCCAAAGAAGCCAUCCCGGUACCCUCUAUGAAACCCGAAUUUCUUACACUACUGGUAAGUGGAACUACAGCAUAUAUCAGCCUGAAGGAGCUUGGAGAACUGUCUGACGGGAAGACGGUUCUGGUGACAGCCGCAGCAGGAGGAACCGGUCAGUUUGCCGUGCAACUUUCCAAGAAGGCAAAAUGCCACGUAAUAGGAACAUGCUCCAGUGAUGAAAAAUCUGGCUUUCUGAAAUCCAUAGGCUGUGACCACCCUAUCAACUACAAAACUGAAAACCUUGCUGCUGUCCUUAAGAAGGACUACCCGAAAGGUGUGGAUGUGGUGUAUGAAUCUGUCGGCGGGCAGAUGUUUGACUUGGCUGUCAGCUCCUUGGCUACCAAAGGGCGCCUGAUCAUUAUUGGGUUUAUCUCUGGCUACCAAACCCGUACUGGCCUUCAGCCUGGUCAUGUGGAAAUGUUGCCAGCAAAGCUGCUAAGGAAAUCUGCCAGCAUCCGGGGUUUCUUCUUAAACCAUUACCUUUCUGAAUACCAAACGGCUAUGAAACACUUGAUCGAAAUGUGUGAAAACAGAGAACUGGUUUGUGAGGUGGACCUUGGAGACAUGUCUCCAGAGGGCAAAUUCGCUGGCUUAGAGUCCGUAUUCCACGCUAUAGAUUAUAUGUACAUGGGGAAAAACAUUGGAAAAAUUGUAGUUGAAUUACCUCACUCUGUCAACAGUAAGCUGUAAAAACAGAACAAUGAUAUAAAUCAAAAGAGGGAAAAUGGGCACUUUAUGCUUCACAAUAACUAUUUCUUUAAAGUUGCCAAUGGGUAACAUAUUAAAAAAUAGCAUGUAGGCUUUCGUCAAAAAAUAUUUGUUGAAUUUAAGUGGCUUUGUGUUCUUUAAAAAUGCCAUGUGUCGUUGGCAUUGCAUUAAACAGUUCUGCGUUUUUGUCUGGGAGUUUUGAGCGAACUUGUGAUUAAACUUGCAUUGGAUUUGAAUCUGGCCAACUAUGAAAUCUUCACCUACAGCUUUCGUCUAGAAUUGAGUAAAUAAAGGCAUAUUAAUAUUUUAAGUGAAAUCAAUAUUAUCGAUUCUUCCUAUAAAAAAGGAUGGGUGCAAUUCACCUGGACAUUCUGCUUGAGCAAUGGGAGUCAAGCAAGAGUGCUUUUCAGUAGCACAGGGCAGCAUCUUAGCCGGUUGCACUUGAUAUAAUUUAAAAAUGAGAAAUUAUCUUUUUUCAGUUGUGUUGCUUGCAAAUAAAAUAAUAAAAUGCAGAUUUAUGUAACUCAAAAGAUAUAUUUUACUAGUUAUGAAUGUCAGCUUUUGUUUUUAAAUGACAGUUUUAAUUUCAUAUAAGGUUUUAUAGUUAUAUUUUGAAAUCUUCAUGUUGUAAUACCACUUUCUAACUAUUCUUUUGGCUAUAUUAACCCGUUGAUUGGGUUAACUUUGGUGUAAUGAUACAUUCUACUAAUGUUAAGGCAAUCUUAAGAACAGCGUUAACAAAGCCCCUCACCUUACAAGAAAAUGGUGGUGACUAGAUCGCUUGCUUAUAAUGGCACCAGAAGACCGUGCUGAACUAUGCAAUAAGGUGAAGCUUUGUAAUAAUUUAUAUUUCAACCUUUGUAAGAAUUUAUAUUGUUUUAAAGAAUUAAAAUCAUUUUGACUAUUA